CUGCCGGAGAAGCAGCACUUGUUGAAUGAGCUCUCUGUCAGUCGGCGGCUGUUUGGCGGCGCAGGAACACGAAGAGCACGUCCAUCCUUAAAGAACAUGAACUGAGGGUCUGCUGGGCAAACUCGCAGCUUUACAACGAUUCAUCACCACCGCUACGGCGACAGGACAAGUGUUUUUGAUGUCUGCACGGAGACUGUCACUUUGGCCAUGUUUGCACGCUGCCCUGAGCUAUGGGAUCUUCUUCCUGACGACACUGCCAGACAUUACCGCAGGUCAAAACUGCUCUCACCCGAUUAUGCCAGAGCACGGCGGCUUCUCCUGCAGGCCUUCGCCGUGCAGAGGGUUCCCUUCAAGGAGCUACAUCUACUACUUCUGUGAGCCGGGCUACGUCCUGCAAAAAGGCCACCGCUCCAGGUGCCACAAAGGGCGCUGGAACCCCAGUGUGCCUGUAUGUAUGCCUAACUCAGGGCAUGCUAAAAAUGAAGACAGAGUGACCAAUUCCAUUCCAAGUGUGGCUACGACUGCCGUUGGAGUGUCCAUAUUCCUUCUUACCACCACGGCCUGCAUGGUUGUCAAGUCCCGUCUGUACCCCUGUCAGUCCCAAAGUAGGCGUUCCUCUGACCAGUUGGACUUGGUGGUGGACGGUUUGCCUGUGUCUCUGCCAACCUAUGAAGAGGCCGUAUAUGGCAGUUGGGGACAGCGCCUACCCCCCUUACGGGGACCCACUCAGCUCUUGCUGGCCUCGUCCGAUCACAGCCCCUUAUCAUCCCUCAUUCAGCCGGAGUCCAGUCAGCGUGCAGAUGCGUCCAGUCGGAGCACCGAGGCGCUGCCACCACCUUACGAGGAGGUGCUCCUGCGGGCUGCGGAUGAAGGCAACGAGGGGGAAGCGAGGGCUUCGCACAUUGCACUUUCUGUGGAAAAGGACAACUAACUGACGGGCGUGUCAGCUCACCAUCAGCCUACUGAUUGUCAGUCCCCUUGCACUAGAAUGCCAGUGGUUUGUGCCUAUCAGCCUAGGUUCACCCUCAGCUUCAAAAGAUUUUUGAGUAAUCAAAGUUUGUAACUUUCUCUUGAUCUUAAUGAAAUCGUGGAACUGAGAGGGUGAAGAUAUUUAGCAAAAUAGUGAGUGUUUGCAUGGUGGCUGUUUUUAUUUAUAUAUUAUUAUUAUUAUUAUUUUUUUUUUUUGGUGCAAGUGAUGUGCACAGCGAUGUUGAUUGUGUCAAUGUUUUCAGUAGAGCUGAAGACGUAUAUUGUUGACCUCAGUGAGGACACUUGACCACAGUGGUCUUAUGGACUUAUUUAAUAACAGGAAUUAUAUUAGGGGACUACGACUUUCUGCUGUAUGACUGCAAAUGUAGCUGUAAGUGAUCAUUAUUCUACAGCUAACACUGGAAUUUUAAAUCCAUGAAUGCUUGAGACCCCAUAGCGCGGGUGCGGAUUUGUGAUCACUUGGCACGUUUCUGUCCCAACAGGCCUGCAAGAAGCUUUUACUUUGCACCAAACCUUUACACCACUCCUUUAGAUCUCUCUUUCAAGCCCUUCACUCGUAUUGUUUCAGGUUUGCAGAAACAUUUAAGGCUUUCUUUUAACAGGUGGAAUAUUGUAUAUAGUAUAUAGUUAUAUAAACUCAUGCCUUCUGCCCAAAUCCUUUAUAUCUGUUCCUUGAUGCUGGUUAAUAGGAGGAAGGAGUGAGCGUAAACUUGAAGCACAUUUGCUGUUAAGGACAUUCUGAUUUGUCCCUUUUCUCUUUAACUGAAAACAUUAAACUAUAAUAUAUAGAUAUAAUCUAUGAUAUGUUGCUAUUAAAUUUACAUUUUUAAAUUGUAUAACAUUUCCCAAGAUAUAUAUAUCUAUACACAAAUCUAAAAAGUAUUAAUGGUAAAACUGCUAAACCUUUUUGAACGUUAUUAAAGCUGUAAUUUUUAAA